AUGAAGUCUUUAAAGGACAGAGACAGGUGCUCAAACCUCCUCGUUUCCAGCAGUAAAUAUUUAUUAAAUGAAAACUUGGCUGAGGCUGCACAUCAAGCGUCAAGGCAGAGCCAAGAGGAGAAGGAAGGGUGGAACAUCGAAAGCCCCCUGGGCCGGCAUGAUGAUACCACCCGCUUUCGUCAGCUGUUGUGUCCAGACCCUUCCUGUGAGGUGUGUAACAAUGCAUCUGCUGAGGUCAGUUGGCUGCUGUUCCCAGAGGCCUUGGAAGAUGCUACUUCCUCUGUGUCCCCUUUGGCUUCUACAGCUCCUGUGACUGACUCAUCGUUUACUCUGUCCCCUGACUCCUUGGCAGUCCCUCCGGGAGACCUAAUACCAGCCUCUCUGUCUGAGCCUUCCCCACUGCCCCCCUCCAUUCUCUCACCGAGGCCGAUGACUCCCUUAGUUGACUUUUUUUUACCCUCACCACUGGGUCACUCUCUGUCACCAGAGCCUUUUGCUCCCUUGGAUUCUGAAUUCCCGGUGGACUGUUCCCCACCCCAAGCCCUUGCCUUCCCCCCUCUCCUACCACAUGACACUCAGAUAGCAGAUCCUGUUGUCCCACCAGAGGCCACUCUGUCUCUGAAUACCAUCUUCUCUCUUGACCCCACCUUUGCCCAAGAUAUUAAUAACUUAUCAGAUUUGUCCCAGGCAAUGAAUCCCACUGAUUCAUUUGCUUGUCAUCAUGCACCACCAACCCUGUGUGUUUCACCACAGCAAGACUGCACUUUAACUGUCACUCAGUCUAAAUCAAUUGCCAUCUUACUGAAGCCUCUUCCCGAGAGUGCACCUCCUGAUAGCCCUGGUGCAUUGUCCACUUAUGUCCCAACACUCAGAGGCAUUGAUCACUCAGGCUUGUCAGUUUCAGACUUCUCCUGGUGGAAAGCUCAUGCCAAAGACUUGUUUCCUCCCACAUUGACACAGUGUGAUUUCAAUCAAGAGUUUCUUGCCCUCCAUUCUGCAGAGACCUCUUUUGGGGGAGACCCUGCAGCCAUCCUUGUAGAGCCUGGGAACCUCUCAUUUCUUAGCCCUGAUGUCCUGGCACUCCUGGAGAGACAGGUCCAAAAGAGGAGUGAUUUCCUGAUGUGGAAGGAAAAAGAAAAGAAAAAAGAUUAUUUUCCAAAACAAUUUGGGCCAGACUACCAACUAAAUUCUUCAGAGAAAAUGAUGGAGUCAAUUGCCGAUAAGUGCGACCCGGCUGCCUCCCUUCCUUUUUGGAGCAGCAAAGACAAACCAAAGGAGCUGCAUAUGCAUCAGCAGCCCCCAUAUCCUAAGUCCUUGGAGGACCAUUUACAGCAAAAAUGUAUCCAGCUCUUCUGGGGUCUCCCAUCUCUGCACAGCGAGUCCUUGCCCUCUGCUUUUCAUGUCUCAGGUGAUGGUUCCUCAGUCUUUUUCAAUAGAAACUCUAAUGCCUCUGCAGACCAAGAAUCCCCAGUGCAUCCCCAUCCCCUACCUUUGUCCUUACCUGAGAUUCAGCCUGAACCCUUGCCUCAAACUCUGCCUCCAUCCCAGCCUCUACCUCUCACUGAAGUCCAGCCCCAGGUCCACCCUCAAUCCCCACUCCCAGUCAUACCAUCUAGUCCUCUAUCCCAGAUUAGGAUCUGUGGAGUGUGUUUCCAUAAGCCUCAGAAUGAACCAGAGUGUCUUACCUCAUCUGAAAUUCAACAGCUGGAAUGGAACAUGUUGCAGAAACAACAGGAAAAUUUGUGGGGUGUACCCUCUGUGGUCCAAAGAUCUAAGGAAGACUUUUGUCUACCAGCUCCCAGUAUUUCUUACCACCAGGUCCCCCGGGGCCCUGGGGCCCCCCGGGCUCAUGCUUCAAUCUCCAUCCCUCCUGGGGAGUUUCCUCUCAGUGAUGAAAUUCGGAAGAAACUAGAGCAUCACCUUCGAAAAAGGCUCAUCCAACACCGGUGGGGCCUGCCCCGCAGAAUCACUGAGUCUGUGUCACUGUUAAUGCCUCCGAGAGAGUUUUUGGAGAUCUCGGAGGCAGAAAGCAAUUAUGGAGUCUCACUGAUCUCUGUGCUUAAGGGUCAGAGUAGCAAAAAUCUGAGUGUUGGACUGAGCCAACCUGGAAGCAUCCAUGAGAGGGACUCAGAAAUGCUCCAGCUAGAGGCAGAUGUGGGGAAGGAUCAGGGGCAGAGCCUAGAGCACCACCCGAAAGAUCACCUGUUGAAUGACACAAAAAGCUCUUCAGAUAAGGAUCUGGAGUAUGACUCUGAGAAAGACCUAAACAGUCAGAUGCCAAGUCUCUCAGAGGAAAACUCAAGGGUGUCAGCAGGGAGCCUAGGUCAGAGACAACUUGAAAAUGCCCUCAAAGUACAUUUGAGCAAGAAGUUUGAGGAAAUCAAUGAGGGUAAGCUCCCUGGGACUGUGAAUAGCUCAUGGCAUGCUAUCAAACAGACAUUACUUAUUCUUGAGAAAUCCCACACUCAAAUAGAAGAGAGAAAUCUGCCAUCAUCCAUGGGCGAGAGCUACUCCCUGAAUACCUGCCACGAACUGACCUUUGUUGAUUCCAGGGCACAACAGAUGCUGGAGGCCCAUAUUAAAAAGUUUCAUAUGAGGAUGUUGUGGGGCCUUCCCCGCAAGGUCCUUGAAUCCAUAGAGAUCUUUAAAUUGAAAGAUGCCUCUUCCCAGUCCUUGUCCCAUUCCAACUUUUCCUCCUCAACCAAUGAGCUUUCUGAGGCAGACUCCAAAUCUGGGAGCAUCAGGUUCCAAAGAGGAAGCUCUAAAUCUCUUCAUGGAGACAAGGUGGGAACAACAGUUUCAGCCCCUGCCACCAGGCCUGUGGGCAAAGGAGGACAGAGGAUCCUGAGACGAUCACACCCUAAUACGAACCGUGGGCUUGCAGAGGAUGUUCAGAGAAGUAAGGAUGCCAGACAGACUCGGCCGACUAGCAAACUCUGCAUUUCAGGGAAAGCAAAUCAGAGACAGAUGCACCCGGCCAACAGAUACCCCUCAAAGCUGCUUACAAAGCAAGCUGGGACCCGACAGGAGCCAAAGUCUAAGAGUGUGAGUUCUAGAGAUAAAGGAGAAAUGAAGCAAGGCCAAAAGGUGGAGAAGUUAGAACCUGUUUCCAAGCCCAACGUGUCAAGGGAGAUAUUCAGGGCUGAGGAGCUCAAUGCUGUUCAAUUAAAAACCAGUGAGAAUUUGACAACUAGCAAGCCAGGGAGCUCCCAAGCCAUAAAUGUGAAUGAGAAUAAAGUUGAAACUACUGUGACCAUUGAAAGGCCCCCAAGAAAACUACCAGUUCCCCAAGAUCCUAAAUCCUUAGACCUUAAAGAACAACUGCUUGAUGAGUUAAAAUGUAAACUAGAGAACAGGGGGCAUAGCCAGGCUCAAGGCCGUCCCCUUGAUGCGUCCCUUGCUCCAGAUAACUUGACUUACAAGGCCUCACUGACUCAUGCCCAGGGUGUCUCAGGUGGGGAUAUGGGAGCUUCCCAGGUGCUGCAUGUCCAUUUGGAGGACAGAGGAAUCAGGAUGGAGCAGCAGCAGAAGACUUGGGUCCCUAAAAAUGGCUUCAGGAGGUGCCAGGAUAAUAAUUUCCCAUGCACUGCAAAGAGAGUGAGCUCUCCGGGAUCCAAAGCAGAGGAGCUUGGUGGAGGAGAUGCAGGGCUGGGGACAUCCCAACUUAGGAGGAAAAGUCUCCCUACUCAGAAGAUGGUAUUAGAGGAGACGCUUGGGAGCAAGUCUUGCCAGGCCCUGUCACAGAAGGGGCAGCCUCCUCCUGAAAGUCUUACCAGAAAAAGAAUGAAACACUUUUUUCAAUGGCUUUAUCUGGGGGGAAAAUGCAAAAGGCAAGAAGGCCCCCGGGAGAAGGGCAGCCCUGUAUCAGCUGGACAGACCAGAGGCCUAGUCAAGAGCAGAGCUACUGUUACUGGGACAACUGAAGCUCAGAAAAUCAUGACAGACAUUGGGAAGUUUCUAGAGGAGAAACUGGUGUGUCAGCACCCAGUAGAUGUCCCCUGCUCUCAGGAGCCCCUUCCUUCCCCAGAGAAGUCUGGGAAAACUCAGCAGAAGGCAGAAGUGCAGGUCCAGACAGCACCUGUCCAGGGGCAUCCUCUCAACUACCGGGUUCCAGCCUCUAAAGUGACAAAUAACAAGUCCUGCCACCAAGAAGCUAUCUUUGCUGGCCAGAGUUAUCCUCCAAGUACCAGGUGGAUCAGAGACAAGAACAUAGACCCCCAUAGAGUUGUGGCUUGUAAGGGCCAACAGUCGUGUCAGAAACAUCCCCCACCAGUGCCCUGCAGGGAGCAUGUGCCCCAUCCAAGCCCCACCUGCAGGCAUCAAGCUGUCCAGGCCCCACUGGCCACACUCUCCACUGCUAAAGGCACUGUGUUCAGAGAUCUGUCUCUACUGUUUAGACAGAAAUCACUUCUACAGAGUUUCCAGGGAGGAAAAGUUCCCAUCCAAAAAUAAUUCCUUCUAUGUGCAGAAUAUUGAU